AUGCAAACUUUUCUAAAACCCGAAAAUGCCCUCAAAAGGGCCAACGAACUCCUCUCUAUAGGCCAGCAAGAUGCUGCUCUCCGCAUUCUCCACUCCGCCAUAGGCCACCGGCGCUUCAGGUCGCAGGGGUGGGAUGCUGUGCAGGAGGCCAUUAUGAUGCGCCAUGUGCAGCUGUGUGUGGAUGAGGGCAAGCUGCGCCUGGCGCGAGAUGGACUCCACCAAUACCGCAUUGUCUCCCAACACGCCAACACCCAGUCCCUCGGCAAAGUCGUCGCAGAGCUUCGCUCCAGAGCGGAGGCCAGACUUGCUGCUGCCAAGGCCAAGGCCGGAGACGAGGCGGUCAGCAGCAGCAGCAGCAGCAGCAGCAGCAGCUGCAGCAGCUGCUGCUGCUGCUGCAGCAGCUGCAGCAGCAGCAGCUGGAGCAGCCGCGGCAGCUGGAACAGCAGCAGCAGCUGGUGUAGCAGUUUGAGUAGCAGGGGUAGUGGUAGCAGCAGGACUAGCAGCAGCAGCAGGGGUAGUGGUAGCAGCAGGAGGAGGAGGAGCAGCAGCAGUUGCGGAGUGGCAGCAUCCGCAGCAGCAGCAACAGCAACAGCAGCAGCAACAGCAGCAGCAGCAGCGAUAGCAGCAGCAGCAGCAGCUAGUUGGUUCUCAUUGUCAUCAGCAGCCCGAGAGACCUGUUGA